AUGUCUGAACCAAGAGCCGAAGAUGCGUCAAAGCCCGUCGAGACCAAGACAGAGGAGCUACCCCCGCUGUCUGACCAUGACUUUAAGGCUUAUAACCGACUAGCCGUCCAUAUGAACUACUUUCAUGAUAACUUCCGAAGAUCAUGGAAUCUCUUGUGGAAUGCAUGCACAAACAACCGCAGACCUCAAAGCAUGUCCCUCAAGCAGUUCAUCAUGGAGGGUCUGCAAUUUGCUGAGCAUCUCACCGUGCACCACAAUAUUGAGGAGACGUACAUCUUCCCCAUCCUUGCCAAGAAGAUGCCCGAGUUCCGCGGCGGACGUGCUGAGCUGCUGCGCCAGCACAAGCAGAUCCAUGCGGGUCUGGACGGUUUCGAGGAAUAUCUCAAAAAGUGCCGUACCGGAGAUGAGGAGUUUGAGUUGAGUGUACUUAAGACCAAGAUGGAAUCAUGGGGCGAGGUCCUCUGGACUCAUUUGGACCAAGAGGUUGAGACUCUGGGUGCCAAUAAUAUGAGGAAGUAUUGGACCAAGGAGGAGAUAGCGAGAAUCCCUAUGUAG